AAUGCUUGAUUUCGCACUGGAUGGGAUAACACGUGUACUCUCAUAUAGUGGAAGAGAUCGUUCUUCCCGUACAUCUAAGGACAAUUUCGACUUACCGCCAAUUAUUAUACAUCAAAGUAGAAAUUCUCAAGAUCUUGUGCAGUCUAACCCCUUUCCAAUUGACGAAUCUGGUGAAAUUUUGACAAAAGCUUUAGAAUAUAGGCGAAAGAACUUGUCAUUAGUGGUCGCCCUAACUAUUGAUUACGAAUCAGGCAAUGCCUUUGAAUCGUGGCUUCAUGAUAUAAAUGCCCAGAUCUACGUUAUUGCACUUAGACUCUGGAGAUCAUUAGAAAUGUAUUUAAGUGUUAAGAAGUCCAACAGUUGGCUGAUAACAGCCUCUAAAAAAGAAGCUUAUGAAAUGCUGAUUCAAUACUCUGUAUUAACUAAAAGUAUUUUACCAAAAGAUUUAGGUCUUAUGCUGUCAUUCUUGCUUAUCCAUUCAAGAGAUCCUCCAAUAUUCCUUUAUAGAUAUAUUCAAAAUAGAUUGGCACAAAUUCUUAAAGAGAAGUGGCAACAGUUUAACAAGAGGGAUGUUAUAGAUUUCCAUAGAAACUUGUCAAUCAGCAGUCGUGAAUACGAAGGUAAACGAGAAGGAACGACUCAAAAGAGAAUAACGAAAGCAUUAGAAUCAUUAAAUAGUUUAUCUGAAUACGGUUAUUUAUUAAAUUCAUUGUUUAAAUAUGAAAUUAAUUUUAGAAAAUUUGCAAAAUGGCGUAGAUUUGAAAGAUUUUCAAGAGUUGCACGAGGAAAGUCGUACGAACAAAAUGCUCACCAUCUCCCUGGGGAAUUAUAUGAUAAAGGCAGAAAAGACCCCUACUCUAAUGCAAAACAAAGAUAG